GGCCGGCGCAGCCAUUUUUGCUUGCUGACCUUGGGCUACGGCUGACAGCUUUUUGUGGUGUACUCCGUGUCAUCAUGUCCGUCCUGACGUCCCUGCUGCUGCGGGGCUUGACAGGCUCGGCCCGGCGGCUCCCAGUGCCGCGCGCCAAGGUCCAUUCGAUGCCGCCGGAGGAGGAGCUUGGGAUCAUGGAAAAGGCCAUUGGGCUUACCUUCUGCUUUGUAAGCCUCUUCCUGCCAGCGGGCUGGAUCCUGUCACACCUGGAGGACUACAAGAGGCCGGAGUGAAGGGGGGCAUUCUGCUCCUCACACUGUGACCUGACCAGCCCCACCGGCCUAUCCUGGUCAUGUUACUGCAUUUCUGGCCGGCCUCCCCUGGAUCAUGUCGUUCAAUUCCAGUCACCUCUUCUGCAAUCAUGACCUCUUGAUGUC